GCUGCUGGUGCUGCCGCUGCUGUGGAUGUGGAAGAAGGGGGUUACUCAGCCCAGGCUGCUCCCCUCACUGACUCGGGAAUUACAGCCAUUAUUCAGGAGGGCUUGGCGUGGCUUCAGGGAGUGUGCCAGGGAGUAAUUGCAGAAACACAUCUCUGUCUCUCCUCUCAGGCGGUGCCGGACUGUUUUCCUCUUCAGGAUCCCGAUUCUUGCCAUGGAGCCUAACAGUCCGAAAAAGAUACAGUUUGCUGUGCCAGUGUUUCAAAGUCAAAUAGAUCCGGAAGCGGCAGAACAGAUCAGGAAAAGAAGGCCCACACCAGCAUCCUUAGUAAUCAUGACCGAUUCACCUCCAGAAACAGAAGAGAAAAGAAUGAACAACAAUUCUCAAGAUGACUCACAGAAUGCCUCCCCCAAACAGAGGAAGCAGAGUGUCUAUACCCCUCCUGCCAUGAAAGGGAUUAAGCAUCUAAAAAACCAGAAUGAAUCAGCAUUUCCAGAAGAAGAGGAAGGAGUCAACGAAAGAGAAGAAGGGUGGAGCCCCUAACUGGCACCAGGCAACUGUGGAAGGGCCUUUAUUGUCAAAAACUGAACUGCUAAAAAUUUCUGUACUUGCAAAUGGAACUCUUCUUGCUUACAUUCCUGACCCAAAGCAGUCUUCAUCUCAUUCAGUAUGCAGCAGAAGGAGGAUUUUUAUGGUGGAUUUUACAGCAACUUGCAGAAACAGUGUAUAUGACCUUAUAAUUGAAAAUAACAAUUUCUUUAAAUGCCAUUUUUUCUUUUUUAAAAAAUAAUGAUAAUAACAAUAAUUUCAGACAUAUAGCUGCAAAUAUGUUGUCUUCUUUAUCUUUAGUGCUGCCACAGCUUAAAUUCUGAAUGUGGGCUGCAGUCUAAGAUCAG